AUGCACUUUUCCAACUGUUUUUGGUCCUCCAACAAAGACUACAAAUACCAGCUAGACAAUUUGUAUUCCAGAUUGGAUCUCUCGUUGAAGGAACUCGACGAGAUAAUCAACUACAUCAACAAUGUCAAGAUAUACAACACAAAGAACUCUGACAACUUGAAGGCCAUUAUCAAGAACUCCUCUCCUGUUCUACUCAAGACCAAAUCUGCCUUCUACAACGAAUACAACCAAAGAUUUCCCAACAACUCUGCCUUUAGCGCCAAUGGCCAUAGUCUGAUCCAGAACACUGCAAACAUCAUAGAUCGAUCUGAUUUUAAUGGCUUUCCUUUAAAUCACAACAACCUCAAUAUAAUAGACUCAAAUUCAAAAUCCUUCAUCAACAGCACCACCACUAAACCAAAAACUGAUAGUAAUAACAAUAACAAUAACAAUAACAAUAACAAUAAUAAUCACUCUGACGAUAAUAGUAACCAACCAGAAAAAAAGAAAAACAUCAGGUCCCUAUACUCCAACUUUGAAUUGCAUUUAAACCAUCUCAACGAAAUUGACUAUUCAAAGGAUUCCUUGAUUUUGCAAAUCGAUAAUAAAUUUCUCAACGACUUGGUCUUCUUCAGAAAUAACUUUUUAGAUUUUGAGACAAAUGCCAAAUCAAAAUUAAAUUCCUGUCUCAAAAAUUAUUCAAACAAUUUGAAAAUAUCAAAUUCAAAUCAAAUAGACUACUUUAAUAAAUCUAAAAAUUACGAAGAACUAGAAACAAUCAACAAAAAUUCAAGCCCUCUAAACAUUAAUAACUUGGAUCCAACCUCAAAUAACACCUCUACAAACUCCACUUCUGCUUCUGCUUCUGCUUCUGCUUCUACUUCUCCUAAUCACUCAAACUCUCCCUCCAAUGAUUUCUCUCUAGCAAAAACCCUAACAAACAUUGAUAUCAAUAAACUGAUAAGAAACGUAACAAACAAUAUCAACAAUAACCCCCAUAUCAACAUCGAAAAUGACACCAUAAAAACCUCUUUCAAAUUCCCCUUAUCCAUUGGCUUUUCUCACUUCAACGAUUUCAAUUCACUUAAAUCUCUCCUAACCCAUCUACACAAUGACUUUUUGAUUCUCAAUCAAAGCAAAAGCCUUCCAAAUGCAAACAAAACUCUAUCUUUAUUCAAAGCAAACAAAAUCUCCUCUUCAAUUGUCUUUAGUAAUAAAGAUCUAUCCGAUUGGCUCAAAUUAAAUAGAAUCGACACUGAAAACACCAUCAAGGAAAUUGAAUCGUUCGGCCAGUCUCUAAUCAACUUGAAACUAAUUAAAGUCUCCUAUUUCAAAAAUAAUAUCUUCUCAACUGUCGCUCUUUCGUCAAACUUCCAGAUUUAUGAUGAACAAGCAUUACUUUGGUACGAAUUUACUGACUUGUCCUUAAAAAUUAUCAAUUACACCUCCUCACUCACCCAUCCCAAUCAAAAUACAACCAUUGUUUCAAAUACCAAUCAACACACCACAAUAGAUAAUCACAAAACUCUCACUGCAAAUACCCCCAAAAGAUCUUCUCUUUCUUUUGUCAAUAAUCUCACCCCAAUUAACUCAAAUAAUAGCACCAUCGAUUCCUACAACAAUAUAACUUCCCCAAAAGACAACCAAGCUCUAAGUCCAAACACAAACAAAUUUGGCUCUCUAUUCACAAAACAAUUUCAAUCACUAACAAACCCAAUCGUUAAAAAACAAUUGGUUAAAGAAAACUUGAUCAAAUCAGAAGAAAACUUUAAAAAUUCAAUUGUCAAUUUAGAAAGCUCCAAAAAAUUCUUUGAAGCAAACUUUUUCAAUAUUUUAAUCCAGUACGAAACUUUAGAGAAAAACAGAAUCGCAAAAAUCUUAGAUUCCUUGAAUUAUUUAAGCUUUCUUCUAAUGAAACAAUCUGAAUAUGAAAUGAAAAGAUUUUCAAUCUUAAACGAUCUAUUAACUGAUUCAAAUAACCUUGAUGGUGUCACCUUUGAAAUGAACGAAAUCUUAAGAACCAACUCUUUAAGUUAUUAUACCCCCUUUAUUGAAUAUAAAUUCGAAAAAAAUAUCAUCAGUAACUCAGCAUCUGCAAAUUAUUCUACACUUGUUAAUACUCCCUUAUUCGGAAGCGACGUGUCUUUGUUAAUCAAAGUUAAUAAUCAAAACGAUUUAAAAACAAAAUCUUUACCAUUAUUCUUAAGUAAAAUAUUAUUACUAUUACGUCUGUCCCUAAAAUUUGAAGCUCUAUCAAAACAAGAAUCUCUCGAUUUAUCAAAUACCUCUAGAGAUUCAUGGUUACAGCCUUUAAAUAUUUUAAAGGCUUAUGAAUUAAAAAGAUUUAUUCUAAAUACUUUUUCAAAUUUAGAGACUAAAUUCUUAAAUGAAGAAAAUGGAUUAAAUGAUCAAAAUCUUAAGGACGAACAAUUUACAACACCUCCCAACCAAAAAUCAAAACGUCUUUCUCUUGAUGUCAAAUUUAAUGGUUUAAGUAUUGAGGCCAAUCUUGUCGAUGAAGUUGUCUUCAAACUAUUCAACUCAUAUCCAACAGCUGACAUCAUUUGUGGUUUGAAAUUGUGGUUACUAGAAUUGCCAGAUAGUAUAAUUCCGGUGUUUUCUUUUGAGUCUUUAAAAAAUAUUUAUUAUUCUUUGUAUGAAAGCCUAGCUGAAGAAAUUCAAAAUGAUAACAAAUUUGAGGUUUCCUAUAAUGAAGAAAGAUUUUCACCAAUUCUUAGAAUUUUGGGUUCAAUACCUAGAUCAAAUUUAUCAUGUUUAAUUUCUACUCUUGAGUACUUAGCUGAUAUCUCUAAACAAGGUAUUCAAACCGCAGAAACUGAGGAGGAAAAAACAACUUAUAAUUUGAUCCAAGCCAAAUUUCAAGAAAAUUUGUUAAACCCAGUCAGCACAAUUCAAGGUGGAGUGCCCUUGGCUCACCUUUUAUUAAGACCAUCAUCAAUCGCAAGUUUUAACGUUGAUUGCAAACCAGUUAAUAAAAAAUACCAAUUUUUUCUAAGGUCAUUUAUGAAAGAUUUAAUGUUUGAAGAAAAUUUAAAAAAAUUAAACGAUCUUUUAAUUGAACUAGAAUACAACAAUAUUAAAAGAGAACAAAAUAAAUUAAAUAAAGAAAAGGAAAGUAUAAAAAAAAUUGUCAAUCAAAACGCAUUCGCAACCUUAACAAAAAAUAAUUUAAAAAGAUUCAGUUCUUCAACAAAUCUGACCUCUUCUUUACAUAUUAUGCAAACUCAGUCAUUGACAAUACCAACAUCAUCUCCAACUGAAUCAGAUGCUGAACAAAUAAGCAAAUUUUCAAAAGUUCCUUCAAUUAACGCUCCCACAAUUAUUGUCGAUGGUCUUCCGUUAAGAAAAUUUGGAUUAUCUGCUCAUAACUCCCCAAGUACUUCUCCAGAUGGAUCUCCCACCAAAAAGAGUCAAAAUCAGACCUUGAAGCCUUUAAAAAUGAGAGGUAGGGCCAGUUCAAAAUCAUCGAACAGAACAUUGAGAUCAAGAAGCAUCAGCAUGAUCAAAGUUAAUUAUAGCCAACCAGAGUAG